GAUAAUUACAAUUUAAGGAAGGAAAAAAUUUUAGGAACACUUGAAGAAUUUAUCGUGGUAUCUGAAUUACUUCGAGAAUGAUGCACACUCUGCCUUUGUCGUUCGCGUUGCUGACGUACACAGGCUAUUGGCGGCCUGUCGGCUGGCCCUUGACUUCCAUCAAGUAUAGGGCGUACAACGUCUACUCCGUUGUCAUGAUCUUUCUACUCCACUCGUUCACGUUUUGCGGUCUGGUUGACUGCUUCCUGAUCGAGGACCUCGAGACCUUCAUCGAGAAGUUCUCGUUGUUCCUGUCGGUGCUCGGCGUUUGCUGCAAAGUGAUGAACCUGGUGAUACGUCGGAACGAAAUCGUCGGUCUGAUCGAAAUGCUGCUGAAGGAUAUCUGUUUGCCCAGGGACAAUCACGAAGUGGACAUCCAGCAACGAUUCGAUCGUACCGCAAAGUGCGUAAUCUUCAGGCUUGAUCAUAAAGAAAGAAAAAAGAAAGAGAGCUCCAAGAGAAACCAAGAAUAUCUCUUCAGGACGAUCACUAUCUACUGCGAGAUACUGAACGAGUCGGCGGUCUUUUUCGCUACAGUCGCCCAGUUCGGGCACUUCGCGAAUACCCAUACCCUGCCAUUGUCCGACUGGGUACCCUAUGACACCACAUCGACCGCUGUUUACUGGGCCACCGUGCUGCACCAGACCAUCGGUCUGAUGGUCUGCGCGAACGCCAGUGUCGCCCAUGAGACACUGAUCUCCGGUUUCAUGAUACAGACCUGUGCUCAGCUCGACAUACUCUGUCAUCGUGCUCGCAUGUUGCCGGACUCGUUGAGGAAAGAGGCCGAAAAAUGGCGUGGCAACGUCUCGAAGGAGGAUCUGAAGGCUCAUGAACGCCGAGUGAUUCGCGAGUUCGUCCAUCAUCAUCGCUACGUGUACAGACUCGCUGAACGCAUCAAUUCGGUGUUUGCGCUGAUGAUCUUCGUGCAGUUCACCGUGAGCUCGACGGUGCUCUGCCUGAGUAUCUACAAGAUGUCGACGAAGAGUCUGUUGAGCUUCGAGUUCGUCUGGAGUUUGUCUUACCUGGGCUGCAUGCUUAUGCAGAUCUACUUGUACUGCUGGUUCGGCAACGAAGUGACACUCAAGAGCGCCGAAGUCGGCACCGCCGUUUACGAGAUGGACUGGACGUCGUUCCCGGUCGACUUGAUGAAGUCUCUUCUAUUGGUUGCCGCGCGGUCCAAGAAAGCCAUCAGGAUAACCAGCGGUAACAUUAUCGCCUUAUCCAACGACUCGUUCAUGAAGGUUAACGAAAAUGCAGUUAGUCGUACACGUUACAAUAUUGUUAGCGAAGAGAUGAGAAAUGACUUGGAAACACACAUUUUUCUUUGGUUUGCCGAUUCGCAUAAUAUUUUAAUAUCCGUCCUUUCAGAUCAUCAAGAUAUCUUACUCGGCGUACAACGUCCUUAAAGACUCUUAGUACGAACGGCGU